AGCUGCUGCGGGUUUCAGUUUUGCCUUUGAUGCGGAGGCUUUUUUCGAUUUCGGCUUGGGUGCUUCUAGUUCUGUCUCUGGUUGUUCUUCCUCGGAUUCGCUUUCCGGUAUCUUUGCUGCUGCCGUUUUCGGUUUCCUUUGAGCAGUGGUGGUCUUUUGUAUUUUGGCGACUGGGGCUGUGGGAAUCAGAGUUGAAUGUCAGACAGCAGCUCUCAAAUCAAAAUACCGCCAUGCUGAGAUGUCGCUAACCACGGUUCAAAAGUUCAUCCUCAGACUGAUCCUCAACCAAAACGUUCUUCUGAGCAGCAACGGUCAAUCCCUUCUUAUUCUUCUCCGUCUGCUUCCGACCCGCAGGAGCAGCAACCACAGGUCUCGUGUUGUCAUCAUCUGCAACCGAAACGGCACCCGCUAUCCAGAAGUCCUUUGGCUUGGUUCUCUGCCGUUUGCGAGAGGGCGAGCGGGGCGCUUCGCGAGGUGGCGAGACUGCUUCUUUUGCUGCUGCCGUGGUGGUGGUGCGGUUCCGCGUGCUUGUCUGUUGCGACUUUGCGUUCAAGGAUUUCUCUCUUUUUUCUAUCGCACGAUGGAGUGCGAACGAGACGCGAGGAACACGCGAGAUCGGCUGCCUUCUCUAGGCGGUUUCGAGAGAAAGAGUGCGACGUACCUUCUCACCGAUUGCCUUGCGCUUUGCCACCAUCCUGCGUGCCUGUUGCCGGAGCGUUCUGUUGUGGGUGGUGUCGGCUGGAGGGCGCCUCCCAAUGUCGGUGUGUUCCAGGUGUUCCUCGGCCGAAAAACGCGUUGGGGGAAAGACGCCCUUCGGACAGACGCAGGACGGAGGGACACCGUGCGAACCAGCGUGCGAACGCUGGGAAAGCCGCUUUCCGCAUAGCGACACACAGACAGACACACGAUUGCACCUGCAAGCAGACCCCAGGAGCAGCAAGCAAGAGUUGGCCUGUGUUGCUACUGUCUACCGUCGCUCCUUACAGACUGCACACUACAGUCACAAGUCAUUGGAAUCAUUCACUAUUGACGGAAAACUGCGCCCAGAACAGCGA